UUCAGCACCUGAAGCCCCGGCGAGAUGCCCAGCCUCUCCUGGCUGACCUGACACGCGUAGGGCGGCGGGACCCAGGAAGCUCCAGCCGAGCGUUUGAUGCCGUUGCUUAGCAACGAGGGAAACUUACUGUUUUCGGGAGGCUUUCGGGUCGAGUUCGAGCGACCGCCAAGUUCAUUUUUAAUAUUGUGGGUAUAUGUCUUAUAAUUGUUAGCGUAUUCAAACAAUGUCGAGAGCAGCUACAAAGAAAAGAGAGAACUCUUCCAGUCGAGUGGCUUCAUCCCAAGGCCUGGCGUCGUUUAAAGAAGCAUCGUCGCUGCUGGCCAGCGCCUCCGAGGGAUCAGGGGAGCCCCGAAAGGGUCGGUGUUCGGUCUGGCCCGAGUGGAAUGACGCCGAGAUCAAUUUGGAGAAGUGGGAUAGUACCAAGGGCUCCAGAGAUGGAAAGGCAGGGAAAAGUCCAUCUCUGCCCGUCUUCGAGGACCCCGAGGGGAAGAUCGAGCUGCCCGGAUCCCUGAAGGUCUGCUCCUGGAUCCGCCCGCUCGACUUCAUUGCCCCCAAGCCACCUGUCGUGGUGGAGAAUGAAUCCACCUUUGACAUCACGUCCGCCAACGAGCAUUUGCUGUGCAGCGAGCUCAUAAGGCGGAUAAUCAGCGAAAUCUACAUCGUGUGGAAAGUCUGCAGCAGAGAUGCCAAAGAGGGCGAGUGGGAUUCACCAGAGCCCCGUGACCAUGCAUGGAGCCCGUGGGAACACAUCUACUCUCUCUGCAAGGCAUCCAAAGGCCACAUGCCCCUCUACAACCCCUACGGGAAGUACGUGGUUCGACUCUUCUGGAUGGGCUGCUGGAGAAAGAUCACCGUGGAUGACCUGCUUCCCUUUGAUGAGGAAAACAGGCUGCUGCUCCCCGCCAGCACCGUGCAUUUCCAGCUGUGGCCGAUGCUCCUGGCUAAAGGCAUUAUCAAGCUGGCGAAUACCGAAGUGGGCCCAGGCCAGGCCCGGGAGAUGGAGGACUUCAGCAUCGUGCACACGCUCACUGGCUGGCUCCCAGAGUUCAUCCCGCUGCAGACUAGGUACCUCAGUAAAUUGUGGGAAUUCCUGACGGAGAGCAUCCCAAAGUUUCAGCAUGCAGAGUGGCCAGAGGAGGCUCCGUCGCUGAAGGAGGCGGCUGGGAGGCGGAGCUCCACGCAGAGUGAGCACCAGAGCCAGUCACCCACGGAAAACAGAGGCUCAGACGCAUUGGGAGCAGGCACACAAGCAGCAGUACCACAGAUAGUGGUGUGUGCCAGCUACCAGCCACAGUACCUGCUGGAGAAGACUUCAGUAUUGGGGCAGAUGGCAGACUCCUCGGAAAAGCUGAGGCGAUGCGGUCUGUCCCAGUUGCACAGCCACACAGUGCUGGUGAACAGGACGAGGGCCUGUCCCCUUAUCACCCCACCCAAACCUCCACCUAUUCCACGAUGGAAGCUUGUGCGGCUGAGGAAGCAGAUGAUGCCAACCGACGAGCCCAAAGAAACGCCCGAUCUGAAACCUGAUCGGUUCAUUGAGAUCUCAAGCCCCUUUCUGAAUAGACUAACAGCAGUCGGUAAUCCAGAGGUACGCAGCUGCAGCUCCACCCUCGCAUCCUUCACCGAACAGGAGGAGCAAGAGGAUCAAGACCUCCCACACGUGGGGGUUGCCGGUACAUCGGACACCAUGGAGGGAACGGCGGGAGAAGUCAGAAGCGGAGAGGAGAAUGUCAGCAGCGAACUGCAGGAUUCUUCAUCUACAGCAGAAAAGCCCAAGUGGACCAAGGGGAUGAACCCAGUGGAGGCCACGCUGCAGGAGACCUGGCUCGAUCUGGACGACUUCGUCAAGUGCUUUCAGACACUCCUGGUAUUUCAUAAACCUGACACAUACGCUAAUCGCUACGAGAAGUCCAGUUUUAAGAGCACCUCUUCCUCCAAGGCGUCGUCUACGAGCCUGUCAACGGCCAGCGCUCAAGCCAUGCCCGUCAAACCGCAGGCGACAUCUUUGUCGGCAGAUGACAAGGGGAUCCUCUUCCUGCUCGUGGACAGUCUGCUGCCUUCCCAAAUCUUAAUAAGCUUCUCCUUGCUGGCCCACUGGGGCGGGACCCCAGAUGAAAGGAAGUAUGCAUCAUGUCAGCCUGGGCUCCUGCUGGCCAGGCCGUUCUCCUGGAAGACCGUACAGUUUCAGCUGCCUGUCCUGAACAUCCAGACAACAUCCACCAAGGCAGCCCUGUUAUCCCUUCCGCCUGGGCGCCGGGUGCUGCGUCUGACCAUGCAGGCUCCUCUGGCCUAUCACGUCGCCCUGUGUAGCACAGCGCCGUUCCUGUGCGAAGAUGAGGAUGCCGUGAUGGCACACCUGAGCAAGGACAGUGUUCGGUUCAGGGAGCAGGCUGCACUGGUCCUGGGGGCCCUGAGCAGAGUGGUGAGCAUGUUUAGCAAUGCACAUGAGCUUCCGGCUGCCAUGAUGGAGCUGGGCUUGGCCUGCGGACCUCCACUCCUACAGGGAGGGGGCUGCGGGGAGCAUGCCCAGGUGUUUAGCGACGCAGUGUUCCACAUGGUGACCGUAGCGCUGAACCGGAAGCUGACCACAGAGGAGGUGUUUGCACUGCAGGCCCUGCUUAGAGACCCCUCGGCUGGGACUGGUUUCCUGGAGCACAGCGCAUCCUCUGGUGCAGAGAUCCCAGAGCUGUGGAGGAGCAGAGAGGCCACAGCGAAGGAGACGGCGGCUGCCAGCGUCCUGCAAGCCGGCUGGAGGGGGCUGCACGUGCGGGAGGUCAUUCGUGCCUCCCGGCCAGGUAUGGUGGAGAAUACCGGCAUUUCGAAGACGCUGCGUGACAUCUGGGCUCUUGUGGAAUCGGACCGGGAGAAGCACGCUGCGUCUUUGCUGAGGCACAUUUUCAGCAGCAACGAGAAGAUGGCGGUACUCUACCCGUGCUAUGAAGACGAGCCGAGCCGCGUUCUGUUCACCGAUUACUCUGUAGCUGUUCCGGAGCAGCCCGCUCACUCCUGGGGCCUCGUUUUCCGAGAGGUGUUUUUUGUCCACGCGGACGUGCUGCUGGAGCCGAAGGUGUACACGGCCUUGGCGGCCUGCGUCCUGCAUGUCAUCGACAAUGACUCCGGCAAAGAGGUGCCCCGGGUCUUUCAGGAGGUGGAGCCUCACGUCUACAGACCAAACCAGAGGGGGUACACCUUUGUGGCUGAAGCCCAGUUCGGGGAUACGCCCCCUCCUGCUGGGAGGUGGAGGAUGCGACUGAUCCGGUCAUGUGACCCGCCUGCCCAGCUCAGCAGGGACACGCCGCUCUGCAGCUUUGCCACCAAGGAGUUCAGGGACUAUUACAUUCCUGAUGAGAGGAAUAUAAUAUGCAGAUUUUCGGUGAAGGUGACGAGGGAUCACGUCGGCACGGUUCAGGUCCAGAUGACGGAGCCUGACAUCUACGUUAAGCUGACGGUCCUGGACGGCGAGGAGGAGGUGGCCAGCGCCACAGGGAGGGCCCAGGCCAUCGUCCCCACCUUCCGCUUUUCACCCAACGACCCCCCCAAGCCGCCCCCUGGAGGCCAGGGCAGCUCAGUCGUCAAUCAGAGUGGUGGGCCACUGACAGCCACAUCCCGCGGCCUUGGGGAGUAUGUGGCGUCCAGUCAGCUCCUGACUGCUGACAACCAGCUGACCCAGCCAAUGAGUCACAAGUACAUCAUCCAGGCAGAGGUGCUGCAUAAAAGCAGGUCACUGUACAAGAACACGGAGGCUUCGCAGGAGAAGGACCGGACAACAGUCAUUGUGGAGAAGCAGGAGGACCAGGUAGCAGCAGCGAGCAUGGAGACGGCAAGCAGUGAGGGGCAGAAGGCCAGCACUCCCAGAUCCAGCCGCAGGACCAAAGAGAAGGAGAAGAGCAAGACCGCCCUGAAGACAGGUCUCAGGCAGGGGAGCCAGAUCCUGGAUGUGAGCAGGCCCCAGUGGACCCUUCGCUUUGUGAGUGAUCAGAGCGAGGCUGAUUCCGUUCAGGUCAGCAAGGACACGGAGAGAGCGGACGAGAUCAAGGCCAUGAAGAAAGCGUGGGAGGCGGUGGAUCCGGGCCGGUCCCUCAAGGCACAGCAAGUCCGUCUUCAGUUCAUCAGUAAACACUUGGGCCAGGGGCACGCUGGAGAGACUGUGGAUGAGGAGGCCGGUGCAGAAGCCGGCACCCCAGAUGUCCUUCUGAGUCCCUCCUCGACAGACGUGGUCCAGCCCUGCCAGACAGAUCCACCCCAACCCGCUGCCCACACACCCGUGGCCGUCACGCCCUUCAUCGGCUCCGAUGUCCUCUCUGACAGCUGGAAGCCCGUGGUGGGGGAGCACAGGAAGCCCAAGGCAGAACACAUCCAGAGCUUCCGGCUGGUCCGUGACAUCAUCCUCGAGCACAGAAGGCAGGAGAAGGAAAGCCGGAACGCGUUAAAACGGAGGCAGGUGGAGAUGUACGACGAGCUGCAGAUUCUCCUCAACGAGCAGCGGCUGAAGACACUCAAGGCGAGGGAGGGCUAUUGGAGCCCACGGCGGGAGGUGGGGCUGAGGCAGAAGGAGGCCGAGCUGCUCGCGGCUCAGCAGGCGGAGCCCAACAAGGGCCCACUCUCGGCGCAGCCCCUCCCCAAGGGCACCAUGAGGGCCAAAAGCGCGAACAAGAAGAAGUAACACAUCACAAGAGCCAGGGUUCUGCAGAAGAGACCUGGUCCAAACUUCAGGGUGAUGCAGCAGCUUGGCCAUGUCGAAUCUAUACUUUGUACACACUGCCUUCUGCUUUGCUCUCUUUAACUCUGUCCUUUAAUAGGAUCCCUUGUUAUGCUCAAUGCAAAUACAUGGCCAAUCCCAACUGCUAGACCCAGUUCCUUGCCUCCAUUACGAUUUGCAUUGCUGCAUACACCUGCUGUCUGAGUCUGAUCCGCCCACCCCCUUUAACACCCAUCCCUUUAAGGGGAAGCGUGCCCCCCCGCUUCCCCUUUGUAAUAAUGUUGCAAACCCCAGCUUGUCUUUGGCACCCAGCUGGGAGUGAUUUUGUUUGUGUUUGUUUUCAUCCUUCCUCACAGGAAAUAACAAGAGGGAUGUUUUGUUCCUGUGCUAUAUUGUUUUGACUUUUAUACGUAUGACAUGAUAUUAUCUCUGCCUUAUACUUGAAGGUCAAGCAAUCAAUUAUAUUGACAAAUCGAUGGAGUCCAAACCGGCCGCUGGCUGGGAGGGUGCCCCAGGGCAUCGAUCGGCCAUGUCUGCCGCUGCUCUCCGUCUGCAUCUUGGUCCCGUUUGCUGUUGGUUCUCCAGUGGCCAGCAGUGCCUGUUGUUCUAUUCCCAACCACCCAUGCUGAGCUGAAAGAUCUCACUGAAAGAUCGCAGUCCUGUGGAGCAUUACGGUGGUUAGUCGCAGGGUAGGUUCUGCAAAAACAAGUUUCCCUGGCCGAAGGGGAUCAGCUCGCUACUGUAUACUGUAGGCAGCUUGUGGCAUAGUCGAAUAUUUAAUUCAUGAUUUUUUUUUUGUUAAUAUUGUGGGGGAGGCUUAGUUGCUUUGGUAAAAAGAAACCCAGGCACCUUUGCAGAUGUGCAAUAUUCUGAAAUUAAAACAGGACAAUGGUGCCACCUAGUGGUGUUUAAAAUUAAUGACAGGUUGGCAAACCGGGGGCCUGUACUACGAAUUGGGGUUACUGGCUUAUUGGAGUAGCUUGUCAGAUUUAGUCUGGGAAAAAUUUAAGUGAACGAAUGUAAAGGCCAUUUAAACUGUGGUACCUUAAAUCCGAAAAGUUACCCCGAUAAGCCAGUAACCCCAAUUCGUAGUACAGGCCACUGGUCUUGGAGGGUCAUGUGGUUAGCUAGGUCCCGUUCCAGUAGAGAUUUUAAUUAACCUUGACUGAGAUGUUGAGUUGAGGUCUGUUAGUUCAGCUAUCAUUUUUUUAAAAUAUUGUUACACCAAACAGAAUUUUAAAUUUGAGCUGUAGGAUUUAAAUGAUUUUACUUCCCAUUUAUCGAUUUCCUUGAGUAUCACUUCUGUCUCUGUUGUGAUGUGUGUAAUGUCUGUAUUGUCUGCGAUGUCGUUCUUAAUUAGGCCGUCACGUCCUUUUGAUUCAUGCCCUAAUAACUGUUGUUUUGUCUCCUUGUGAUCCUGUUCUUAACCGCUGUUCUGUGUCGUUCUGUCUCAACUCCCUUUUUGUCAGUCUGUGCUGCUUUUAUUCAUCUGCUUCAAAUCCACUUGUAAUGUUCCUAUUAAGUCUUUGAGCACCGUAAUGAGGUGCGCAAUAUAGGAAUAAACUGAA